AUGUCCAAAUCAUCUCUGAUCCACUACACCACCGUGACCCGUGAUAUCGACGCGCCCAUCGGCGAAGUCUGGGGCCUUGUGGCGGGCUUUGGCGCCGAAAAGGCAUGGUACCCAGGAGCCAAGUCCGUAUCUCUCGAAGGAUUCGGACUGGGCAGCAUACGCACCUUCAACUAUGUCUAUCCUGCCGGCAAAAACAAGGGUCAGGAAUACACCUUUUCUGAGGAGCUUACGGCGUGCGAUGCCUCCAAGCACUCCAUGACUUUCCGAGUCCGAAGACCUGAUUAUCCUGACAUGGUCGCCUUUGGAACAACUGCCUUGGACUCUCUCGGUCCCAACAAGACUCGCUUCCGCUGGAUUGCUGAGGGCUCCCCCCUGCCGGAUGAUUACAUGGCGGUUUUGCGCGCAGAUCUCGAUGAAAGAUUCGAUGGCCUCAUUGUCGCCAUGACCGAACAACUGGCAUAG